UUGUUUGUUAAUUUUUCUCUGUCUAUCUAUGGUUAAUUUCUAAUUUCUCAACAAUUAAUAAUAAUUUAGUCAUCAGGUUGUUGCUCAUCUUAAGGUUUGUUUUGGUGAAAAUAAAUUAUAAUGUCUCCAAAAUAUGAACUUGAAGCCAUUAGGCUUAUGAAUAAACUGGUCCAUUCUUCAGUAACCAAGGAACAAGUUAAAUUGGUGUUAAAAUUAGCCAAAUAUGGUAUUGAUAUGGACAAUGUUGAUGAUUUAUAUGAUACCCUUGCUUCUGAUAUUCACCCUUUAUCCCAUGAUCUAACACCCCCCAGUUCUCAGCCUCGAUCUGAAUCAGCAAUGGUUGAAUAUGAGUCGCCUCCAUCUUCACAAGGUUAUCCCACAGCAAUAAGUCCAGACAAUGAGACGAACAAUGGACCAGCGCCAUUUGAUACACCUCCUGACACAGAUGAUGAUCAAUGGGUUGGCCUUCCCAAAGAACCUAAUUACACACCUCGUUAUUUUCAAAAUGUAACAACUAAUCAAAAUGAUUCCACAACCAUUGCUACAACAGCGAUAGCAACAACCAAUCCAAUAACAACCCCAACAAAUAAUCACCUUCAAAAUAAUAAUCACACAAGUAGUUCUGAGAAAAGGACUAGAGAUCGAUAUGUUUUCAGAGCGAUUCACCAUGACAUACUAAACGACGCGUUUUUCAAUAACGCUUACCCUGAAACCGAUGAAAAAGAAAUUCUUGUUGGUAAAUGUAAUCAAGCUUUAGAAAAUUACAAAAAGCGACCACUUAAAGAAAAUGAAAUAAUGACAAUUCUAAACAUUACUAAUUGGUUUAACAAUCGACGAAAGGAAAAGAAACGCAAAUUUCAUCAAGAUCCAUCAUCAUCAUUACCUCUUGCCAUUCAAACUAAAUUUCCGAAAGAAGAUUUUAGUAAAGUUAAAGAAGAGGUAAUAAGUGACCAAGAAGACGAUUUCUAGGUACAAACUUUGUAAUCAAUCUAAAGAAAUAGAAAAUAUUUAGUAAUUAAUCAAAUGAUAUAUUAUAUAUAUUCACCAACAAUAAUAUAUAUGCUUGGAAUCAACAACAACAACAACAGCAAAAACAAUAAGAAUCGACAUCAGUUUUUGAGAAAAUAAAAUAUUUAUAUGGUAAAUGUGGUUAAUAGAGAAAAUCCUUUUAUCCAAGUCAAAUCUAUUCCACAUCCUAAUCUAAAGAUCAUUAUAAUUAUGAUUAAAAUCAAUUAAUUCCAUUUUAAA